AUGCAGUCGAAUAUUGCAUUUUCUGAGGAGACCAAAAUUGUUUUGUCUUCCAUCAAUUCAGCAUCUGUAUCAACUCCAGAUGAAGAUCAAACACUACAUAAUUCUGACGAUGAAUUUGAACGUAUGCUGCCGUCUGUUAUAAAUAAAGAAACUUUGAGUAUUCUGGAAGCGAAAUUGGGGCUAGGUGGUGGAGGCGAUUGGUGGAUAGACCCCUCUCGUGAUCCCAUUGAAAUAGACUCAGAGGGCAAUAGAGAUGAAGGUGCUAUUUUAGACGUUGAAGCGAGUUGUAGAAACUGGUAUCGUGCUCCAUUCGACCGGGACCCAGAAUUCUGCAAUGAUUCCUACCAUCUUCUGAAUCGAUUAAAUGAAUUGGCCAGAAUAAAGGGAUUAAUUGAAGAAGCAUCAUUGAGAAAACAAUCUGUCAAUCAGGUAGACGUAAACAACACAGACCGUCAGAUAUAUCAUUCAACAUUGUCUGUGAAUGGCUCAAUGGAUUUCAGCAACAUGAUUUCACCACACACAAAUCACGAUAUACAAAAUAUUGACCCUCUAGCAGAUCUUCGCCGUAGUUUAAAUGGCCCGUUUCGAGACCUACAGUCCGAUGUCUAUGGCACAUAUGCUUUACGUAAAUCAAAAAACAACCAAAAGGUGCCCCUCGGUGAAGUAUUUGACGUCAGAACACAUGAAUCUGACUACACAAGAUAUCCUGAUAAGCCUCAACCACCUUUUUCUCAAGCUAUGCAUUCAGGGCUACCUCAGUUGCACAAGUCACAUCAGCCACCAUCUCCUCAUUCAAUCCCAGUGACAAAUAUUUCACCUAUUUUUGGCCGGAGAAAGGUGUCUACGAAGAGUAACCAACCUGCAUAUACUUCAGGUAGUACAAGUGUUCCAGAUCCAAAGGUUUGUGGCCAAAAGCGUUCCGUACUUUCACGGACAUACUCGAAGGAACAAAUGGAUUUCUUAAAGGAAGUGAGUGAAUACCAAGUCACUGAUUCAAUUCUCAAAGUUCCUUCUCUUCUGGCAAGAUCGCAUGCACUGACGGCCUCACUACCCAUAUCAAACAACGAAGGUGAUAUAGAUGUAACUAAAAGCUUGGACAUUUCGUCGACAGUGAAUCCAUUGUCUCAGUCCCUUUCUGCAAGUGAACUUACGAUGAAGGGUCGUAAGCUAUCGGAGAAAGUCAAUACUUCUUAUUCUAGUAUGAGAAGUUCUGAUGUCUUUGAAUUGGCCCGCUUACAAGAAACUCAUUUGCGGGAACAUAGUGGCAGUCGAGGCAAGCUUGACUGUUCAAACUCUUCUCUCACUGGAUCAAGCAUAGGUGAGAAAAAUCAGAAAAAGGGAGACGGCGCUGAUAGUACGGGACGAAAAUCUACCAGUGGCCUCAGUUCCUGUGACGUUAGUGCUACGCACAGUCGUGAAGAAAUUGUUGCUGAAGACCAGAACGGUAAACCUGAACGUCAGCAUACGAUCACCGCGAAUGAGUGCGGUUUUAAUCCAUUGCAAGGUUCAAUAGGUUGUGAACCCAAGUAUAUUAUUGUUGGUGAUAUGGGAGUAGGGAAAAGUUGCCUCAUGCGCCAGUUUACGGAAAAAAAGUUUAUUCCUGACUCCCCACACACCAUUGGUGUUGAGUUUGCAACUAAAAUAGUAGAAGUGAAUGACCAGAGAGUCAAAAUCCAGAUAUGGGAUACGGCUGGGCAGGAGCGCUUCAGAGCUGUUACUCGGUCUUAUUAUCGUGGAGCUGCUGGGGCACUAUUGGUAUAUGAUAUCACACGAAAGCCGACUUUCAAUCGCAUUCAAACUUGGCUGACUGAUGCUAGACGUUUAACGUCUCCCAACACAGUAAUCUUUCUGAUUGGUAACAAGGCAGACCUCGAGGAGCAGCGUGAUGUUACGUAUGAGGAAGCUAAACAUUUGGCUGAAGAAAACGGUCUUAUGUUCUUGGAGUGCAGUGCGAAAUCUGGUGUUAAUGUGGAAAACGUGUUUGUUGAAACUGCUCGAAAAAUAUUCCAAAAUGUUCAAGACGGAAGUGUGUAUCUAAACAGUGUUGAUGGAGGCGUAUUGAGUAAAGGUUCAUUGGCUGCAGGUGCCGGGCGAAAUAAUGUUGAACUUAACACUUCAGCUUCGGGUGAUAGUGGGACACGACAAGGCGGAUGCGCUUGCUGA